AUGAGUCUCAACGCAACAAGCGUCCACCACCGCACCGUCGACGACGAGCUGGUCGACACGCAGCUGACGGCCGACAACCUUUGCAAUGAGUCGUGGAAAGAUUGGCCCAACGAGGCUGGUUUUGUUGGGCUCGAGGAACAUAGGGGCCCCUUGGACUUGCACGUCAGAGGCUCCAUCCCGGCCUGGGCAGCCGGUGCUCUGUACCGUACCGGGCCUGGAGUAAGCGCUGUUGAAAACACCAGCCGGGGCACUCACUUGGUUUCGCAUUGGUUCGAUGGCUUUGCCCACACGCACAAAUUCGACAUUGUCCCGCCCGCGGCGGCAGGCGGUGCCACCACCGUCACCUACUCGUCCCGGCGACAGGCAGACGACUUUGUUGACAGGAUUAAGAAGAAGGGAUGGCGCACCGGUAUCUCUUUUGCGCAAAAGUCGGAUCCCUGUGUGGGUAUACUGGCCAAGAUCAUGUCGUUCUUCGCGCCCUCCCACGUUAACAACAACGUCGCCGUUCAUCGAAACAUGCCCGGCCUGACCACCAAGGCGCAUACCGGUGCUGGCCACCGCACUGGCAGCCGCAACGUCUUCCUCACAACCGACCAAUAUAUCUUUCAGGAUAUUGACCCCGAUACUCUGGAACCUCUCGGCUCCACCGACCAGAGCCGCCUCCACCCACAUCUCAAGGGCCCUCUCUCUUGCGCUCACCUUCAGCGGGAUGUCAAGACUGGAGACAUAUUUAACUUCAACCUUCAGCCCGGCCGACUAGCUACCUAUCGUGUUUUCCGUGACAAUGCGUCAACAGGAACUACCGAUAUCCUGGCCACCAUUUCAGAACCUGGUAUCAGCCCUGCAUAUAUCCACAGCUUUUUCUUGACGGACAACUAUGUCAUUCUCUGCAUACCAUCCUCACAUUUUGGCUGGUGGGGAGCUAAGAUUCCAUGGGAGCGCAAUCUCGUGGAAGCCAUGAAGCCUUUUGAUAAAUCUAACCUAUGUAAGUGGCUUGUUGUCGAUCGCCACGGCAAAGGCGUUGUCGCCCGCUUCUCUACCCCAGCCGGCUUCUUCUUCCACUCGAUCAACGCCUUUGAGGAGUACGCACAUGAUGAGAACAACGUACAGCGCACCGAUAUCUGCAUGGACUACAUUCACUUCGAUACAACCGAUAUUAUAAUGGGCUUCUAUUAUGACGUUAUCUUAAAUCGUGAUAGUGCUACUAGGGAGCACUGGGUCCAGGACAAGAGACGCGAGACCCUUAACCCUCGCUUCGUGCGUCGGCGGUUCAGGAUUCCUCUACACCAGCAGACAUCCCGGGAAGCGGCCACAGCAACUGCGGACGAAGUUCUUUCCAUUUCCAAUCCUCAUGCCGGCGAAUUGCCAACUAUUAAUCCAGCCUAUACAUGCAAGCCAUAUCGCUAUGUUUUCAGCACAUGCAAUCGCGGACUCAGCACUAUUGCCGACUCGCUCGUGAAGACGGAUCUUUACACGCGCGAUGCGCUUAUCUGGUGCGGUCCUAAGGGACACUCCCCAGGCGAACCCAUCUUCGUUGCCCGACCUGGUGCUACGGAUGAAGACGAUGGUAUCGUGCUGAGUGUCAUCUUGGACGGCUCCGCGAAAAAGUCGUAUCUGCUGUGCCUAGACGCAAAGACCAUGACUGAGAUGGGACGGGCUGAGGCGGAUUUCCCUAUUGCCAUGGGAUUGCACGGUAUCCACGCUCCCGCUGUCGAAUGA